GAGAAAGGAAACUUUGACAGAUCAGCUAAUUGUAAUUAGCUUGCAAAUGUUAGACCAAACUGUUAACGUUAUGUUACACACCGGUAAAGUGUGCAACACUAAUGUUACAACUUCUGCCACUGGAGCAAACUUGACCAACUGAGCUAUUAUUUUCCUUUCCAAGAAACUGUAAACUUACCUUGCAGUCACUAGCGUAUAAGAGAAGGUUAUUGUCCAGCGUGUAUCUAAGCUAACGUUAGGUCGCAUGCCUCCAUGUGUCCAAAACAAACCCCCUCACAACAGCGCCCUCUAGCGAGAGAACUGCGGUCUGGUCAAAAUGCCUGCCUUCAUAUGGACUUCAGGUCAAGGGGUUACUACUCUAAAGAUGCUGGCUGUCUGCUCCGACGAAACCUUUCUCUCCUCCGAGAAAUUUUACUAAAUGAUGAUGUUGUCUUUAAGGAGGUCUGGACCAAGAUUUCAAAGUCCCCCAUUUCCUAUGAAUCUGGAAGAUUAUAUUUUGAGAAUUACAGAUGCUGUUAUACAAGCCAGCAGGCCAAACCAAGACUACUGUAUGAGCUACCAAAAUGCAGCAAGGCAGAAAAGAUUGAAGAUGCCCUAUUUCUCCAAUCACCUUUGGGGAGUACGCUACCGUCGUCGUCAGACCAGCGGUGCAGCCUCGUGGUGGUCACUGCCGACAGCUGGCUGAGCCGCAUCUCCUCAAACACGGGAGAGGUGCUGCAGAGGGUCUACCUGUCUCCCCAGCACAAGUUCAGGUACCUCAACUGGGAUGAGUCUCAGGAGACUAUUUAUGCCAAGUCUAUUCAGAAGAAGCUCUCCCCUUUGGCCAGACAGGCAGGGCUUGACGAUAGCACUCUGAUGUUUCUGGCCGUCUUCCGGGUGUUUCCGCUACAGCUGGUCGGUGUUCUGGAGAUCAACAAACGAGUGUUUGGGAACACGGUAGCAGAUGUGGUGCUGUCUCAGGGAGUGCUGGCGGUGUCCCACACCACCAAGUGUGUGAGGCUGUACAGCUUUGAGACGAUUGUUGACAUGUUCAGGACAAAAGAGCUGGUUAUUGGAGAACCAUGUGACCUGGGUGGUACUCAAGGGAUUGUGGGAGAACCGCCACUUGGCAUUCCUGUGAACAUUCACAUCACGGAGGCACCCCCAGUGCUAUUUGAGGUGAUGUACCACGAGGGGAUCCAGAUCGGGGGGAACCCGUUCCACUUCAUCUACACCCCCAGUCACAAGAAACACAGAGGCACACACCACGUCUGCUCCCUCAAGGAUGGCACUCUGGCUAGAAAUGGGGUUCAGGACAUGAACUGCUGUUCUCUGGAGUCGGACUGGAUCCUCUUCCAUCCGGACCAGUCUGGCAGAAUUAUCCACGUCGGGCCAAACACUAUCAAUGUUCUGAAAAUGCUUACUGAAUGGGGAUGUGACAGCCAGUCAGAGAUCACUAAAGAUUUCUCUAUCACUGCCCAGAGAGACCAACAUGAGGCCUCCCAGGUCACGGUGACCUCCUCUGGCCGCACGGUGAAGAAGAGGGUGCACCAGCUGGACGAUGACCCCGAGCGAGAGACAUUCAGAAUGGUGGAGUACGAGGACGAGCUGGACCUCCUCACGGUGGUGGUCACACGGAGGGAGGAGGCCGGUGGGGAGGCGGCAGUUUGUCUCCAUGACAACAACAAUGGGGCAAUGAUGAAGAGGAUUCUGCUUCGAGAAUCAUGGGAUGAGACCUACAGCCACCAGCUCAUCUUGGACAGAGACACUAUUGUUCACAUUGAACAGGGGAGGAACAAUAACUUCUGUUGUCAUGUAUACAAAAUGACCCCCAGGCGCCUAAAGGAAUGACAAGUCUUAUCAACAUCAUGUCACUGAAUGGGGACCUUUGCUUCCAAAAAAUAAACUAUGCUUUGUUUUU